AUGGCAUCAUCAAAAACUUCGACUCUUUCUCUCUUCGCAAUCACUACCUUUCUCUUCAUCCUCCUUUCUCUCCUCUCCUACGCAAAAUCCUCAGAAACCCACCACCAAAAAACAUCAUCUUAUGAGUUCCUUGAACAUCUCAAGGGGUGUCACAAGGGUGACAAAGUUCAAGGCAUCCAAGACCUCAAAAAAUACCUCCAAAAAUUUGGUUACUUGAAUGGCAAUACCAACAGUGAUGACUUUGACGACGAAUUGGAGUCGGCCAUCAAAACUUACCAAAUCAAUUACCACCUCAAGGUCACCGGAACAUUAGAUGCGAAAACCAUAAAAAAAAUGGAGAUGCCUCGAUGUGGUGCGCCGGAUAUCAUCAACG